AUAUAGUAUAACUGUUGAUUGGUAAACUCUUUACAUACAAACUCAAAAGUUUUCAUAGUUGCCAAAAUGGGCAAUGUGUUCCUUUAAAAGUUCUCUAUUGUAUGUUAAAUUCGACGCUCAUAAAACACCGUGAUCUUUUAAGGAUUUAAGCAUAUCCAGCAGCAUCAAAUAUAGAAUAUAUGCUUAGGAUAGUCUUUAACAGUCAUUAUGGUACACAUUUGAAAUUGUGUCAUAGUUGGCAGAAUGUCACUGGAACGGAUUAAUAUUGUGUUAAGGAUUACAUACAUAGCAGCCGCAUAAUGCCAGGAACAAAAUAAGAAAUUAUGGGGUCGAUAUGUACUAAAUCCGACUCUGUGAACACUGACAAUGGAGAUGGAGAUGCUGAGACAAAAGAGAAUUGCCAUGACAACCAGCAGCUCGUGGAAAGCAGUCCUGAGAUUCCAACAAUACCUAAUGCCAUAAGUUACAUCAUGGAUGUUGAAGUGAAUAGGGAGGCUCCCUUAUACCUGCUCGCACUAUACUACAUAACAAAACUUGCCGAAACAUAUAAAAAUCUCCUGUUUCCAAACAUCGGCAAAACCCUGGGCGACUUAACAGAAAACUAUUUGGAAUAUCGUGAACUUUGCGAAGAUGUCUAUCACGAUCUCCCAUACAUUGAAAGAACAGUUGAAAACAUUGGAGCCGACUUACAUCUCGUGAUGCAAACUAAACGUAUAAUUAGCCAACUCGCAUGCGAUUAUCUCAUGCAGUCCAGUGAAAAGAAGCAACUGGAUCUUGACCCCAGUAUUGCCAAUGACAGUGAUAAUUUAGUUGAGUUGGUCGCGAACUAUAACAUCUACAGCACAUUUUACGAGGAUACACUGAAGUUAAUGAUUACUGAUAUUGAGCGGAAAAUAUUAUGGGACAAAUGUUCAAUAAAUAACAAAGAACUAAGAAAAUAUCUUGAGAAAAAUAACCCCGAGUUACUGAGAGAAUUUGAUGAGACACUGAUGGAAAGUCAACGAAGUGUUAAUAAAACCGAUCAAAAUGAUGAACCCUCUAAACCUCCAGCAGAAAGCAAUAUGGAAUAAACUCGCGAGAAUAUUAAAAACGAAAAGCAAAAGGACAAAAUUAAGAGGGAACAGCUACAUCCCAGAUCAUAUUUUCUCAGCGUCAUAUUGAGUUUAAAUGUAGUUCCUGAUAUAAGAAUACUAGUGGCGACGGGUUUUGUUGGGGUUUGUUUUUGCAGCGCCUCGAGUAGCUACAUUGAUUUCUCCUCUUGUGCAACUGUACAUGAUUUCUACAAAUAAAAAGAACAUUGUACGUAUGUCAACUUUUUCUCCAUAAUUACACACCUUUCACUUAAAGUGGCGGCAAGGAACAGAGAAUAUAUGUUAAAGGAAUAAUGUAGAAAUGACUUAAAGUGGCAACGAAGAAUAGAAAAUGUAUUGCAGAAUUAAUAGUCAUUGGAAAUAAAAGAGGAGACCAGUCAGACAUGACAUGCAUGUACAGGGUGGGCCAAAAAAGGCCACUUUUUCUAUAACUAUAACUUUUU